UUUCUUUUCGAAGCCGCCUUAUGUUUUACGAAUUAAUAACUUCAUCAAGUAAACGUCUUAGGUCUUCUUAUUAUAGUGUUUUUGUUAUAUUUUCAGUUAUGGUCAAAUAAGAUAAUUCGUCUGCAAACAUUUUAUUAUUGAUUUUCAGUUCGUGGAUAAAAAAAUCAACAGGAUAUUUGGAUAGAGACUCGAAAACAAACGCUAGACCUGAUUUCCAUCCAAAAAUAAAUAUUUGUAUAAUUUUAUAUUUAAUUCGCUUACAACUUAUAUAUAAUUGUAGUUGCAAUAUAUAUUUUGAGAAUAUUAUGUUUUAUUAUAUUAAAUAUAUGACAACGUAUUAUUUUCACUAACCUAAUAUACAUUUUUAGAAAAGGUUAGGACCCUUGCAUAAAGCAGAAUCAAUCCUAUUAAAAUAAAAUGUUUAUAAAAAUGUGCUUAGGUCGAGCGGGACAAACUUUUGUAUGUGUUUUUCGUAAGGUCAAAGUCUUCUUACAUUAUUAUCAUCGGACAAAAUAAAAACUAAGUGGUCUUUUUUGUUUGAAAGAAAGCAAGUCGGUCGGCUUUAGAGUGUAUAUUCCAAAUCACUAGGGGCCAUGGAGAAUGACCAGACGUACAUUUUAAAAUGCAUGGGGGCUUUGGCUUUAUCCCUCGUCGGUAAGAGCAAUUCCAUAGAACCUCAAAUAAGCUUCUCAGAUACUUAAUAACAAGUACCACUCAACUCACGCAUUUUCAUUGUCUUUAAUUUCCUGGUUAGAAUUAUGUACUUCUCCACGACAAAAGAAAAUUACGGAUUGUAUUUUUCCAGCUAGGUGGUAACCAACUUCAUGAACAAAUUAUUUGUAAAAUUAUUCUUCGAGCAUAUAAUUAAAUAUUCACGUUAAACUUUGUAACUUCCGUUUCAUUUGGUUGUCGGUUGAUUAGUACUGACAUUAUAUAUCAUUUCUUGUGAUUUUACAUAGAUAUAAGCAUAUAACUAAAACUAUAAGACAACUAGUCUCCGGAACAUCUAAACAAAUAGGAUUAGGAUACGACUAAUUAUAAUUGAAAUCACAAUGUAAAAGCUUAAAGUUAGCAUAUAUUAAAAAUGUUAAAACUGAAGAGUUUUUAAUCAUCAUAAUGUAUUUUUUGCUUCUAAGUUUGUAUUAGUUGACAAAAAAAGAUUUUGAGUAUUUAUGAAUAUUUAAAAUUUCGAAGACUGGUGACACGUCUUGCGGUUAUAAAACGUAUUUUUUUAUUUGCUUAGUUAUAUUCCAUUUAUUGAUGAAUUUCAAAAUGUUUUCAGAUUAAAAUUUUGAUAUUGUGUUCUCAAUCAGGGCCUGUGUUAAGCAUAAUUCAUUAAAAAAAAUGGAGAAAUAAUGAAUUAGUAGUCGUAUCAAGGUAGUUUAGUAUCUUUGAACUUUUGAAGCCUAUGGAUCUUUUUCAUUUAUGUGGCGGCAUGACGCAAAUUAACAUACAACAGGGAAACUUCCUCACACAUCUCCGUUUGCCAAAAUAGUGGAUAAAUCAUCUAACUAACUAACAUAUUGACUAUUGUAUUGUACAGUAGAAAGCUAAUUAACAGUUACAAACAUACUUGUUUAAUUUUCGUUAUAUCUGUUUACAGGGAAAAAUGGCAUGCAAAUAAAUGUAAACUGUCAAAGCGUAAUAAAAGCCCCAUAAAAGUAUCAAUUUAUAACAGACGGACCAAUGAAUGUAAUACAAUUCGCAUCACAUAGGAUCAUCGUAUUUAGUGAAAUGUUAUUUUAUCGGAAAAAAAUAUAAGAUAGAAAAAUUCCCAAUUAAAAGUUUUUGUCCUAAAAAUAGCAAUGAAAAAAAUAACCAAAAUAAGCUAUUUUUACCAUAUGAUUAACUAAUCUAAUUUAGUUUUAGUGGUUAGAGUUCAAUAUGUGGGAUCUUGGGGAUAUAAUUUUAAAUUUAAAAAAAUAGAAAAAAUAAAAUUAAAAAUAUAAAAAGAGUUAUUUUUGUUAUUUUUUAUUGAGAUUAAUUUUUGUGACAAAUUUUUUAAAAAAUGUAGUUGAGAAAAUGUCUUUUAGAAUCUUUAGGUUGAAGUUCAAACUGGUAGCCCAAAACAACUGUUUGGCACAGUUGGUAAAUAAAGUUAUUAAAAUAAAAUUCAUCUCACGAAUUCAUAAAAUUACAUGCAUUCGUAUUUGCAACAUUUCUUUGGUGCAUGAAAUUAUUAGAAAAUUACAACUAAUAGUAAUUAGUAUAUAUAUAUAUAUAAUCAAAUAUAUUUGUUGCCAUAAAACUACAGUUAAUAACCUAGAAUCUAAAUCGCAUUUAAAAUAGAAACGGUAACUUAAGAAAAAAUCACAGCUGCAGAUGAACAAGGUAACUUUUGUCCGAAGUCUGACUUUAAACAAUGUCAUGUCGUAUGUGACAACCGCGUUUGACUAAUGAACAUUUCUCCUCCACACAACUACACAUACAUAUACGCUAGAGUAUAUCUAUAUAAAUAGUAUUUUAACAUAUUUUAUAUACAUAUUCCUCUUUAUAUAUACCUCUACUGCUUUACUUGGAUUACAAACAACAAAGCAGAAGUUUAUUUUUCUGUUGAGUAACAAAAAAAGACAAAAGUAUACUCUUCACACGAAUACAGAGAGGCUUCGAAACGAAAUAAACAGAGUUUCAAGAAUGGGGAAACAAUUGUUCCGAUCAUCUCCUCCACCGGAGAAACAGCCAGCUCACCAAUCGCUCGCCGAGUCAGCUGUACAGGAGUGUACAAGCAGCAUCAACACCGUCAUAUCCAAAUGGACCUCCUCCUCCUCCAACGAGUUCCUCUUUUCCACCAACAGUCGCCACGAAGCAGAGGAGUUCGUUGAAGCCGUAAAACAUUUGCAAAGCACCAUGCACCGUUUGGUAUCCGUCAACGCGUCCUCGGAUAAGCUCGUGUACGCUCACAAUCUGAUGCAGUCCGCGAUGAAGCUUCUCGAGUCCGAGUUUCGCCGCGUGUUGAACGCGAACCGGGACUAUCUAGACCCCGAAAGCGUCUCGGUUCGGUCCUCUUACAGAUCGUCAAGAUUCAGCACUUCCACCACGACUAGCGUCUCCGACUCCGAAGACGAAACCUCCUACGACGAAAACCCCAACGAUCAUAGAUUCUCCGGCCAAGACUCAGACGCCAUGGACGAUCUAAAAACCAUCGCGGACUGUAUGAUCUCCACGGGAUACGCCAAGGAAUGCGUAACGGUCUACAAAACCGUGAGAAAAUCAAUAGUGGAGGAGACGCUAAACAACUUAGCCGUGGAGAGACUCACUCUCCAUCAGGUUCAGAAGAUGGACUGGGAGACUCUCGAGUCCAAGAUCAGGUCCUGGCUUCGAGCAGCGAAGCUAGCAGUUCGGUCCCUCUUUUUCGGAGAGAGGCUUCUCGCCGACCAUGUCUUCUCCUCCUCCGUCAACAUAGUCGAGUCCUCCUUCACGGACAUCACGCAAGAAGGAGCUUUAACGCUCUUCGCCUUCCCGGAAAACGCCGCGAAGAUCAAGAAACUCUCGCCGGAGAAGAUGUUCCGGUUUCUUGAUAUGUACGAAACGCUCGCGAGUCUCUACGUCGAGAUCGAAACCAUCUUCUACUUCGACUCAGCCGCAGCCGUUAGGUCUCAGGUGAUCAGCUCGUUAACGAGACUCGGCGACGCCGUUAGGACGAUGAUGACGGCGUUCGAGACGGCGAUUCAGAAGGACACGUCUAGAACGCCGGUCAUCGGCGGCGGCGUUCAUCCACUCACACGUUACGUCAUGAACUACCUCUCGUUCCUCGUCGAUUACAGCGAGUCUAUCGCUGUAAUCUUCGAGAACUGGCAGCCGACCUUGCUGCCGUCCUCUUGCGGCGGAGAGGAGGAUGCUUAUCCGGAGGAGCUCUACUCCUCUCCGGUGUCCGUGCGAAUCGCGUGGGUGAUUCUUCUCACUCUUUGCAAGAUCGACGGUAAAGCUCAGCCGUAUAAAGACGUGGCUCUGUCUUACCUCUUCCUCGCUAACAAUCUCCAAUACGUCGUCGUAAAGGUUCGAACGUCUAACGUGAAGCUCCUCCUCGGGGAGGAUUGGGUGGUGAGGCACGAGGGGAAGGUGAAGCAGUACGCGGAUAAGUUCGAGAAGCUCGCGUGGGGGAAAGUGCUGACGUCGUUACCGGAAUAUCCGGCGGAGGAGAUCACACCGGAGGAGGCUAAGGAGUUGUUAGUCAGGUUCGACGACGAGUUCGAGGCGUCGUACCGGAAGCAAAUAUCGUGGGUCAUACCCGACCCAAAACUUAGGGACUGGAUCAAAGUCUCGUUGAGUCAUAAACUGAUGCUGGUUUGUACCGAGUUAUACGAGAUAAACCGGUUCGGUUCGGGAGGAGAUGGGUUUAAUGUCAGAUAUACCUCUGAAGAUAUAGGAAAUUACUUGUCGGAUCUUUACUUUGGAAGCAGAGGGUCCGGGUCAGGGAGUGUCUCGACUAAAGGAUCCGGAUCCGGAACCGGAACCGGUUCGUCGAGUACCGGUAAAUCUCGGGGAGGACGUAGCCAUUGAAUGAGAAUCAUGCAUGAUCCUAUCGUUUUCUUCUUUUUUGUACAUAUAUGCUAAAUUAAUAUUGACUGAAUUCUCCAUUCUAUCAUUUAGUAAUCCUUCUUUUUUUAUUUUUGGAAUUUUGUGUUAAUAAACGACAAAAUAAAAUACGAUGAUUAUAUCCGACGCUUGGAGAUUUAAUAAGAACAAAGACGAGUUAUAA